AUGGGAAAUUCAUCAUCUUCAAAGUCAUCAGCGAAUAAAACAACAAACAAUGUUUCUUAAUAGCCUCAAUCUACUUAAUAAUAGCAAUCUCCAUAAUUUCAUUUAAAAUCAACUGGAUAGAUUCCUCAAAUUGGUGGUCACAAAUCCCAAAUCAUCGAUGAAGAAAUAGCUAAAAAUUUAGAAGAUCCAAUUGUAGAAUAGCAAGUUAUCGUUGAACAAUAAAUUUAACAAAUUGAUAUUGAUGCAAAAGUUGGGGAAACAAUUGAGAAGAUUCAUAUCAAUUUGAUAGCUAGAUAAGACGUAGUUACUUUAAGUUAGUUCGCCUAAACUUUACCAGUGAUAUUAUAGGUUUAAGCACUCAAAUCACAAUUGAAACAUGCUAAAGCAAAUAUUGAUUUAGUUUGUGUAGUUGAUGUUAGUGGAUCUAUGGAAGGUGAAAAAAUUAGCCUUGUCAAAGAUUCAUUAAGAUAUAUCUAAAAAAUAUUGAGUCCAAACGAUAGAAUUGCUUUAGUAACGUUUGGCACAUAUUCAGGUAUCAAUUUGCCUUGGACUAUCAAUAAACCUGAAAAUAAAUAAAAAAUCAAAGAUGCAAUUAUUGGUAUGAAAAUUAGAGACUCUACCAAUAUUGCAGAUGGUGUUAAACUAGGAUUGAGAAUGAUUAAAGAGAGAAAAUAAAAAAACCCAGUCACUUGUAUGUUUGUGUUGACUGAUGGACAAGACGAUAACAAAGGAGCAGAUGAAAGAUGUUAAUAAGCUAUUAAUGAAUACCAAAUUUAAGAUACCUUCGUGAUUAAUUCUUUUGGGUAUGGAUAAGAUCAUGAUGCAAAAGUAAUGAACAACAUCUCAAAUUUAAAAGGUGGAACAUUCACUUUUAUUGAAAAUAUCGCAAAGGCUUCAGAACAUUUUAUUUUGGCAAUGAGUGGAAUGUUAUCAGUUUUGGCUAAAAAUGUGAAAAUAGUAAUUGAAGAAAACCCAAAUUAUCCUAUUUAGAAACUUUAUGGGGAUGAUUUUCUUUGGCAUAAACUCGAUGGAUCCAAAUAUGAAAUGAAUAUGAAUUAUUUACUGGAAGGUGAAAAUAAAGAAUUUGCUUUGGAAAUAGAAAUACCUUCAAGUGACAAAAUAAAUUCAUAAAAUGAGAUAGUAUUAAGAUCCAGUUUAACAGGUGAAUUUUUAGAACUGAAAACUAAUUUCACAAAAUAACAGGAAUUAAAUAUCAAAUUUUCAUUGUAAGAAGUUCCAUUCGAACCAAAGGAAAUUGUGGAAGUUAAUUAUUUGAGGGCAAAGGCUGGUACUGUUAUUGGAGCUGCAAAAGAAUUGGCAAAACUUAAAAAAUACGAUUAAGCUCAGUAAUCAUUAAACAAAGUGCUUGAUGAAAUAGAGCAAUCACAUUUUAUUGCUUCAAAAGCACUAUAAGUUGUAGUAGUUGAUUUGAAGUAAAUUAAAGAUAUUUGUAAACCUUAAUUAUUUGAAUAGAAAGGAGAAGCUAUGAUGUUAAACAAAUAAAAAAAUCAUGUUCAGAGAUAAAAAUCAAUUAGUAAUCGUAUGGAAUGGAAUGAUUGUGAAGAGGAAUAAAUGGAAAAUUAUAACAAUGGAAAGUUAUGUUUGAGUGUUUGUGACAUGUAAGAUGAUUAUCAAUAAAAUGCACAAUUUGAUUCUCCUGUUUAAAAAUUUAGAAAAAACUCAGGCGAUUCCGACUUAUCAUUUUGA